AAAAAGUAAAUACGCUACGUAAUAAAAAUUAAUCAUAAUGACGUUGAAGUCAAAAUGACAGCAUUAAUGAUAAGAAAAAUUAACUCUGAUGUGGCCCUAAGAAAAUGUCUUAGCAAAGUGUAGAUUGUAAAUAGAAGUGUGAAAAAAUUUGUAAAUAAAAAUAGAAAAAUAAAAAAAUGGCAUAUCAAUUAUUAUGGCAAGAGUAUAUGCAAAUACCCGUGGUAACAAGGGCAUAUACCACGGCCUGUGUUGUUACAACACUAGCAGUGCAAUUGGAUUUGAUAUCACCAUUUCAAUUAUAUUUUAAUCCUAUACUAAUAUUACAACAAGCGCAAAUUUGGCGAUUAAUAACAACAUUUCUAUUUUUUGGAACUGUAGGAUUUAAUUUCUUUUUUAAUAUGAUAUUCACUUAUCGAUAUUGUCGUAUGCUAGAAGAGGGUUCAUUUAGAGGACGUAGCGCUGAUUUUGUAACAAUGUUCCUAUUUGGAGCUACAUGCAUGAUUUUUUUUGCCUUUUUUAUUAACUUAUUAUUUUUAGGACAAGCUUUAACUAUUAUGUUGGUUUAUGUAUGGUCUAGAAGGAAUCCUUUAGUCCGAAUGAAUUUUUUCGGUUUAUUAAAUUUUCAAGCUCCAUAUUUACCAUGGGUUCUAUUAGGAUUUUCGGUAUUAUUGGGUAACGCAUUGUACGUAGAUUUAAUGGGAAUGGCAGUAGGUCACAUGUAUUACUUUAUGGAAGAUGUAUUCCCACAUCAACGAGGGGGAUUUAGAUUACUUAAAACACCAACUAUAUUGAAAAGAUUAUUCGAUCCAAUGGAUCAAGAUCCAGCAUAUACACCAUUACCUGAAGAACGUCCCGGCGGUUUCAAUUGGGGGAAUGAUAAUGUUGCACCAGGUGCAGCCGAUCAACAGUUACCUAAUUAACAAAUUU